AAAUAUUUAGAUUAUCCAUAGGUGACUAGUGCUUAACUAAGUAAACUGAUUCAUCGGAAGGAUUCUCUUUGUUGUUGUUACAAAUUUAAAAUUUUAAAUUUGGAACGAUCACAUAUGCAGUCCAAUCACAGUACGAUAUGCAGAACUUGUGACCAAUGCACAGGCCGUCUUCCCCACUAGAAAAAUAAUAUAGCUGUUUUGUCAGAUGUUUAUAAAAGAACAACAACAUUAACUGCCAUUCAGUUCUUUGGUUCCACUUUAGGUAUCCUUUCUUCAGCCGUUGUGCACUGGUUUUUAAAGUAGUGUCUGGUGUUUAGCCGUGUUUUUACCAACGUCGGAGUUACUACUUGUGUUUUUAUUUUCCCAAGAGAAAAAUGGCUGAAGUCGCUACAGCUCAAACAUCCGAAUCUACUGAAGUUAGAUGUCAGGAGAAGACCAGAGGAGGUUUACGCUAUGAAGUUAUUCUCGGCGAGCCCGAUGUUAAGGCAAUUCCUCCGAAGAAACAAUUGUCACCGAAAAGCAGUAUGUCGGUACAAGACAUUGAAGAUAAGCUGAAGGCAGCGGAAGAACGCCGACAGCAAUUAGAAUCCAAUAAAUUGGCCGCAAUCACAGCGAAAAUGAGUAAAAUCGAGGAAGCGUCACGUAAGAAGGAUGAACAAACGAACCUCUUCAUAUCGCAAACGAAGGAGGCUCUAGAAAAGAAAAUAGAAAAUCACACUGAGAAAAGAGAAGCGUAUAUUUCUGAUUUAAAAACAAAGCUUAAAGAUCACAUUGAAAACGUAGAAAAGACUCGUUUGUCCCUUGAACAGCAAACAGAUGAGGUUCGGUCAGCCAUUGAAGAUAAGUUGAAGACGGCAUCUGCUCAAAGGGACGAGAACAUUAAAAAGAUGCUGGAACGUCUUAAGGAGCACGAAGAACAAGUCCAAAAGGUGCGGCAAACCAACACGGUCAAGUUCCAGCAGUUGGACGCUUCUAUCCAAGAGAAACUGGAAUUGGCCAAGAGCAGAAAGGAAAUGCUUGAACAGGAACAGAAAGAAAAACUUAGGAACCACAAUAUCCGCCCCGUCGAGCUGAAACACUCUAUUAGUACAACAGAGGAGGAACGCAAAACUGAGGUAACCGCUCAAUUAGAGACCAAAUUGACCAUUGCGGAACAAAAUCGUGAAAAAGAAAUCCAGAGGAAACUCGAGAUUGCAAAGAAACACCACGAGCACAUGGUCGAAGUCAAACAAAGCAUUGAGACCAACGAAGAGAGCCGUAAGACUGAACAAGUAACCAAGAUAGAGACUAAAUUGGUUACUGCCGAACAAAACAGAGAGAAAGAGAUGCAACGUAAAAUGGAAACCAUCAAAAAGAAUGAAAAACGAGCUGAAACUGUUCGCCAGAACAAGGCCAAUAUCAUCGCUAAUAAAAUGACUCCUUCGUCUGGUUAAGGAGUGUUUACCACAAUUAGUGUAUAGUUCAUUUUAUUAACAGUAUAUUAUCCGCUUUAAAUAUAACAAAAAUCUUACCCGAAUCAAUAUUAUACAAAUAUCAUAUAAGAAGGAAUUAUCAGUAGUUAUAUCUUCCUUCUUAAAUUAUUGCUUUUUAGACUGAAGAAGUUGUGAUUUUUUACCACUAUUCUUUUAAUAUUUAGUUUGUAUUUUUAUAUGUAUUGUAUGUUUAUUAUAAAAAUGCUCAUGAACUUGAUUUUAUUUCAUUUUGCGUUUAUGUCACACGAUUUGAAACGUUCUAAUAUUAGUGAAUUAAGAAAAGUGUUAUAUAUUUUGAAAUUGACCAGCUAGCUUAGCCAAGUGUGAGAUAUUUAUAUAAAUAUAAGGCUUUGAAGUGAAUUAAAUAUUACUAAUGUUGCGCACCUUUUUUCACAUGUAGCUAGGAAAAUAAAAAAUUGUAAGAUAACUUUAUUUUUUAAAGAUGUACAAGGUUUCUAUGAUUGACGAAUUGUCGGACACGGAAGUAAGUAAGUAAUAACAAAAAGUCAGCAAGUUCUACCGCCAUAUGUGUAAUUAUAGUUACAAAGAGAUGUGGCUAAGAAAAAUAUUUGUAAGUUGAAAGUAAACAUCUGUUUAAUAUUCAUAUUGGGACAUGUGGUGUUAGAGUUAAUACGUUUUUUAAAAUUUGUAGAUUUUGACGUUACUUAAAUUUGUUAUAACCGAGCUGCCGUUUAUAUUUUGUCCUCAUGCAUAUCAGGAAUAAAUAAAUGUCGACUUUAAUGCAAAUCGUCAUUCAUUUAUUUUUGAUAAUGCUGGACUAGUAUAGUAAUCGAUUUUCAAUACUGCCGUUGCUUGUAAAUCACUACAUAAGAGUGUUUUACAUAUUUACCAAACUCGAUACUCGUAUAAGGUUUGCUUUCUGUUUACACAACUGUAUAUAAUAUAAGAAUUUGAUUAUUUGCAGCUAAGAUUAUUAAAUUUUACCGCAUAAUGCUGCCUUUUUGUAUGAACGCAUUUGGUAUGACUGAUGAAAUUGUGCUUCAUGCUGUGAGAUAAUCAUUAAUAGUUUAGGUUUAUUCAACUAUUAUUUAUGGGAUUGCACUCAUAUAUGUUGAACAGGCUAAACCGUUUAUUAUCUAUACUAGCUUAUGUGAUGAGUUUUCCUUAUAAAUUAUAGAAAAGAAAAACAAAUAUUGAGCUAAUAUUGUAUAUUUGUAGCAUUUGUGUAGUGUUGAAGCAAAAUCACCAAGUUCAUAUUGUUAAAUACGCUUUAAAUACAAACUUAAUAUAAGGAUCGAUAUUAUAAUAAAAUUUAAGUUCAUUGUGGCAUAAUGUUUAAGUUGUGUUUUGUUUAUAUAAUAUAGAAUAUAAGGUGUUAUGUAAGUUAAUUUUUAGUUUUUAAAUAUGUUUUAAUUUCAUACUAAUGUUGCUUAAUAAAAUUACAAAAAUCA